AUGACAAGCCCUUUCAACGACAAGGAAGUGUCGCAAAUGGGGGCACAAGCGACGCCGCCUGAGGUGGGGGAAAAUCAGGCUGGCAGCCACUACGAUGAAAAACAGGCGGAAUCUAACCCACUUGCUAAGUAUGUUGGCCCAGAAGGAUACGCCAAAUUUUUGGGGCUUUCUGGGCUUCCUCUCAGUGUUGCCAUUGGUGUCACGGCGGGUGUCGGCUUUGUUUUGUUUGGCUAUGACCAGGGUGUUAUGGGCAGUUUGUUGACGUUGCGGCCUUUCUUGGAGACGUUUCCCAAGAUGAAUACGCAAACACAUUCGACCUUGUCGGGUGCAACUGUCGGUAUUUACGAAAUUGGGUGUUUUCUUGGCGCCCUUACUGCGCUUUUCUGGGGAAAUGUUGUGGGUCGUCGCUGGAUGAUUUGGAUCGGUAGUGUUUUUAUGGUCAUUGGCGCCAUUGUACAGACUACUGCCCACGGCGGCAAUGCCCACGCAUUUCUUUGGGCUGGGCGUGUCCUUAGUGGUAUUGGAAAUGGACAGCACACUUCAACGAUACCUGUAUGGCAAUCGGAAGUCUCGCCUCCACAUCGUCGUGGCAUGCUGAUUAUGAUUGAAGGCUCACUUAUUACGUUUGGUAUUAUGAUCUCAUACUGGGUCGACUUUGCCUUGUUCUGGGCUCAGCACGGACAUCUGGCUGAUUCUUCUACGCGGUCGGUAUCGUGGCGAUUUCCCAUUGCAUUCCAGAUCCUUUUGGUGCUGCCGACCUUUAUCACAAUUUUCUUGCCGGAAAGUCCGCGUUGGCUCAUGCUGCGCGGAAGGGAGGAGGAAGCCCGUGUGGUCCUGUCCGCUUUGGAUCGAUUGCCGCCCCAUGACCCCGUUGUGAAUGCACAUGUGAAUGAAAUUGCUGAUGGUCUCAAUAUUGCUGGCAGUGUUCGUUUGCGCGACCUCUUCAAACAAGGCAAAGGCCAUUAUUUCCAUCGCACUGCGCUUGCGUUUGUGAUUCAAAUGUUUCAGCAAAUCAGUGGUAUCAAUCUUAUCACCUACUAUGCCGGGACUAUUUUUGAACAGAGUAUCGGCUUGUCUGAUAUCAAGUCUCGUAUUCUCGCUGCAUGUAAUGGUACGGAAUACUUUCUUGCGUCGCUGCUCGCCAUUUUCAUGAUUGAAAGGGUUGGGCGAAGGCCACUGAUGAUUUGGACCGCUUUGGGUAUGUCCUUUACGAUGGCGAUUCUUUGUGGUACAUUAAGCCCUGAGGCACUCCAAGUACCUCCCGAAUACAAGAACCGAGAAGACUAUUCUGCUUAUCAAAACAAUACUUCUCCGGCCAUUGCCGCGACUGUCUUUUUGUUCGUCUUUAACUCGCUUUUUGCCAUUGGAUGGCUGGGGAUGACUUGGUUGUAUCCUGCUGAAUGCACUCCGCUUUCUAUCCGAGCGCAAGCAAACGGCAUCUCCACCGCUUCCAAUUGGCUGUUCAACUUUAUGGUUGUCAUGAUUACACCGAUUGCGUUCGCCAAUAUCCGCAAUUAUACCUAUCUAAUUUUUGCAGCGAUCAACUUUUUGAUGGUACCGGCAUCCUGGUGGAUUUUCCCGGAGACCGCAGGAAGAAGUCUGGAGGAAAUGGACACCAUUUUUGCGGAUUCAAGUGUGUGGAACCCGCACGACGCGGUGAGAAUAGCAAAUGAAAUGCCACGUCGCUACGAUCGCCAUGGCCGUAUUAUGUCGGAGUUUAUCACUGACGACGACGACAUGGCCCCCGUUGACGAUGGUUAUCCCUAA